CGGGAUUCUCUACGCGUCGUCGAUUGUUGUUAUUGGCAAUUGGAAAAUGCCGACUCCUUUGAUUCGUCGCAAGUCUUUGAAAAAGAGAACCAAAAAGUUCAAGCGUUUUCAGUCGGAUAGGUUUAAAAGGGUCAAAGAAAACUGGAGAAAACCAAAGGGUAUAGACUGCAGAGUACGUAGACGGUUUAAAGGCUCCACUUUGAUGCCCAAUAUUGGGUAUGGAUCGGACAAAAGGACGAGAUAUUUGUUGCCAAAUGGUUUCUACAAGUUCUUGGUCAACAACGUGAAAGAAUUGGAAGCUCUUCUUAUGCUGAAUCGAAAGUAUGCAGCUGAAAUAGCCCACGGAGUGUCGGCCAAGAAGAGAAAGGAAAUUCUGGAACGAGCCGCAGAGUUGAACAUUAAAGUUACCAACGCACGUGCCAGGUUGCGAGCAAGAGAAGCUCAAUAAAGGUCUUUUAAGGAUUAAACUUUUGUUCAGUAGA